AUGGGCGCCAGCGAUUCGAAGCUCGUCUUCAAGAAAGGCAUCUUUAGGCUCUCCGAAGAACGACACAUACCCGCGGACGACCCGUACUGGACUUCAUUCUGGGAGCUACCAGAAACCGCCGAGGAUGUCUUCAGCCUCUUCUCCCCGGCCGACAUUCGCCGGACACGAGACAAUGCUCUGGAGAACCUCGAAACGUUGAUCCUCGUUGUGACAUCUCGACUUUUCAUCCUGCGGCACCAUCCUUCAUUCCCCGAUCCCGAAAUCGCUCCGGAGCGAGACGCCCUCAACUGCAUACGAGUCCUCACGCGCAUCCUGCCUUUCCUCUACGAGGCCGAGUCCUUGAGUUCGUGGGAGGAAACCUUCUUCUGGGGCGCACGUCGCAAGCGGACGCGCAAGUCAUCUCUUGCCGCCGAGGUAUUGUUCGAUGAGGCGCAGGAGGAGCAAAUGCCAAUCAAGAAAGAGCCAGAGGAGGAUUUUGAGGAUGCGAAGCCCCUCGCCGAGGAGCUUUUGGAUACCCUGGUCGACCUCCUCUUCUUCUCCGAUUUGACGGUGCCCAGGCAGCCGCACGGAAAGCCCAAGGUCUCGUAUGCCAUUUGGCAGAGUGGCGUCGGAUGCAACACGGCAGUGCCGACGACAAAGGAGCAUGAGAGCAACAGGUGCGAGAUUCUGCGCCUGAUCCUCACUCUGGCCGGCCAGAGUAUGUACAUGACACCCAGCGCGCUGCCUAAGCACGGCGUACGGGCAUUGACACAUCUGUGCUCCUGCCCGGACAAGCAGGCCGUCCUGUCGGUGCUGUGUUCGCUUCUCAAUACUACGCUGAAGUGGAACCCAGCCACGUGGAGGGUGCCUUACAAUACGUUGGUGUUCAGGGACGAGAAGUCCAUUCUGGUGACCUACACACUGCAGCUUCUGCUUGUUUUAGUUCUCUACCCGAUUCCAGAAGGGAGUGGUGUCGAGAGCCAGAAAAACUAUUUCCGCCACUUCCUGGGCAGGUUGCAUCGCCCACAAGACUUCCAGUUCAUUGUUGAUGGCAUGACCCGAAUUCUCAACCAGCCUUUGCAGGAGAGAAGCUCUUAUAUCCCGUCAACACAGUCGCCCGCCAAAUUUGCGCCUGAGAUGAUGAUGCUGUUUUGGGAAAUCACACAAUGCAACAAGAGGUUCCGUUCUUUCAUCGUCGACACGGAGAGGGCCCAUGACUUUGUCAUCCUGACACUCUUUUAUGCUCUCGAGUACAAGUCUGAUGCCUCGAAGCAAGGUGUCGUGCGCAUGUGCGCCUUUUUGCUUCAGACCAUCAGUGUGGAGAGAAACUUUGGUGUGAACCUGAACAAGGACUUCACCGGGCAGGACAGCCUGCCACCGGCAAUACGGCUCCCUGGGUUCAGGGGUACAUAUGCCGACUUCCUCGUCCAACCAGGGCAAACUAACGGCGAUUUACCCGGCCCUACUUGCCGUCAUCAACAAUAUCGCAGCUCACCUGGAGGGUAUCAGUCACAUCACCGCAUCCAAACUGCUGCAGCUCUUUUCCUCCAUGUCUUCUCCAUCGUCCUUCUUGCCAAUGAUACAAACCAUGCUCUUCUCAGGUCUCUCCUGGAAUCCAUCAACUCUAUCAUCGAGCAUCAGUACAAGACCGACGCAGCCCGAUCAACAACGAGCGAUAGCGUAUCCAUGGCGUCAUCGCAGGCUUCGAAUGUCGAGGACGCCGUGCCGACACAGGUGCGCGGUAUGUCGGAGAAGGCUCGAGGCAAGAUGCCCGCCGGCGUGGGCAACUUUUCAAGACAAAAUAGCACAACAAGUCUCGGUGGCUACUCGGCGAGCGGCGGAUCGACCAGCGGGGCCUUCGAGCCGACGCCGCACUGGAUCGAGAGCUGGCUGCCCGAGCUGCCGCUGCACACAAUACUCACGGUGAUUCAGCAGGUGUCUGCUCUGCUGCCCCGCCAGACGAUCGCCAACGAGUCGGCGUCGGCCGAGACGCUGCAGAGGAUCGAGGAGAUCCAGCUCGUGGGCGUCGACCCUGCGCCUGUCCGGGUACACUCGUUUGAGUGGUCUCAACUCGCGCUCGGCUGGUACGAGUCGCUUGUGUGGAGUUUUGUCUUCAGCAGCGAGAUUCAAGUGGCUCGAGGAACGGCGGGCGUCUGGAACGGCACAGCCAUCAAGCUCUUCCGAGUACAGGAGACGGCGGCUGAGGGCCCUACGCUGACCUCACCGCGGGGUGCUGUCGACGCCGUGGGGAGCAACAUUGUGUCCCGUAUUGGAGCUAUGAAUAUUCGCGGCGGAGCGGCGGGGGCUGCAGGUGUCGGUACUGGUGGGAGCACUGGUCAGACGAAUGCAUCGCCUCGAAUUCCUUGA